AAAAAAAUAAAAAAAUUGAUUUAAAAUUAUUUGGGAAAUGAAUUUGCAUAGUUAUUUGACUUAUUUCACUUAUUUGAAGUUAUGAAUGAGUGAAAAUGUGGAACUAGUGUUGGUGUAUGGUGAGAAAGCAGUGUUCCAUUGUGUUGGUCAAAGUGAAAGACUGAAACUAUAAACCCACGCUGAUUUAUCAUAACUCAAUAUUCUUCCCUUCCAGACACCAUGGACAACCUCAACCUGCCAUUAAGGUUAGUAUUGUCUUUCAACCUAUUACUAUUACUCCCAUGUUGUUGUUGCUGUUGUUCAGUGGCUCCGCCACUUCCCAUAUUGCCCCUCCCAAACGCCUUCCAGAUCCAAUGGCAGCUGAGCCACAUGUCCCUCUUCUUCCACUUCGGUCUCAACACCUUCACCGGACAAGAGUGGGGCUCCGGCCACGUACACCCUUCCCUCUUCAACCCCACCAACCUCAACGCCACUCACUGGAUACACCUCGCCAAAGUCAACGGCUUCAACCGCGUCAUCCUCACCGCCAAGCACCACGACGGUUUCUGCUUGUGGCCUUCCCAAUACACUAACUACUCUGUUCGCUCCUCUCCCUGGAAGGCCGGCACCGGGGACGUCCUCGCUGACCUCUCCGCCGCCGCCAAACUUGCCGGCGUUGACCUCGGCAUCUACCUCUCCCCCUGGGAUCGACACGAGCACUGUUACGGUGACACCUUGCUCUACAAUCAGUUCUACUUGGCCCAGAUGACUGAGCUACUCACUAGGUAUGGAGAGAUAAAGGACGUAUUUUUGGAUGGUGCAAAAGGAGAAGGGGAGAAGGACAUGGAGUAUUUCUUUCACACUUGGUUCUCUCUCAUUCACCAGCUUCAGCCCGCCGCCAUUAUAUUUUCCGAUGCUGGUCCUGACACUAGGUGGGUUGGGAAUGAACUUGGUCUUGGUGCCUCUACUUGUUGGUCUAUUUACAACUCCAGUCUCACUCCAAUUGCUGGCAUUUACAAUGAUCCUCGAUAUGCGGCCGAGGGAGAUCCGGCUGGUCAUGAGUGGGUACCUGCCCUCUGUGAUGUCUCAAUCAGACCUGGUUGGUUUUGGCAUCCUUCAGAACUUCCAAAGUCUGCAAUCAAUCUGCUUGAAAUAUACUAUAAGUCGGUUGGUCGAAAUUGUCACUUGCUACUCAAUGUGCCUCCAAACUCGUCGGGUCUCAUUUCACCCGAGGAUAUCCAAGUUCUUCAAGGGUUCACUGAACUCAGAAGAUCUAUAUUCUCCCACAAUUUAGCUAUAAAUGCGCUUCUUGAAGCCAGCAGCACGCGAGGAGAAGGAGGAGGAAGAGGAGGGACUUGUGAUUCACAGUUUAGUCCCUACAAUGUUCUGAAAGAAGGCAUAUACACUUAUUGGGCUCCAGAGGAGUAUCAAUCAAGUUGGAUAUUGUACAUAGAUCUUCAAGAACUAGUAUCCUUUAAUGUUCUGCAACUACAAGAGCCUAUUCAAAUGGGACAAAGAGUGAGUGAGUUUCACCUCGAGGCAUUGCAUCAAGAUGAUGUAUGGAAGAGAGUUACAAAUGGCACCACAAUUGGAUAUCAGAGGCUUUUGAUGUUUCCAAAAGUAAAAUCUCAGCAUUUGAAGCUUGUUAUUGGCAAGUCUAGAGCUGAUCCACUGAUAUCAUACUUGGGGAUCUACAUGGAUCCAGUUACCAUUUGGAGCAGCAUAUAUGAUGAUACAGUAUUAACAAGCCAUUUCAAUGCAACUCAAGUUAUUCAUAUUAUCACACAAGACAACUCUCACACUGCUACUUCAACAGCUACAAUGUAAACUUGCUCAGUUAUUUUUCUUGUAGUUGUAUGUUACACAGAAAUAGAAGAAAAUUUUUUGCUCAUUUAUGUAUGUGGGAAUUGGUAUCUGUUUUGCUCCCCAUGUAUUUUGUAGAAUCUUGUAGAGGACUCGUCUCUCAAUAAGGAGAGCAGUAAUCUGUGUAAAUUGCUGUGUAAUUUACUUUCAUAGUAUCAAGAACAAAUCUUCCAAGUUUCAAUGGUUAUUAACUUGCACGCA